AGCACAUCCGAAGUUUGAACAUAUACUCCUGAGAAAAUGCAAGCAUUUAGCUUUCCCGGUAUUUUCGUCUGCAUUGUUGGCGUUCUCCUGUUCAAAGGGCAAGUGAGCGAACAAUUCGCCGUUAUCCAGCAAGAGUCGGAAUCGGACAUGAUUCCGGCAGAUCAGACAUUAAUUGAAGAUAAAACCGAAGCGGCUUGCCAGGGCAGUAUAGGAACGAACAAAUGUAUUAAAACCAACGGUGUCUGCUAUUGCUUCGUGCCUCAACAGCUUCCUUGGUUGAAAGCUUACGAAUUCUGCAACUCGUACCGCAAGAAUUUGAUUAGCAUCCAAUCGUCAAAGGACCAGCAAGUUGUUUCCCAAUUUCUGAUGCCCCUCAUCUUAAACGAUCCGGUGGCGAAGAACAUUGGAGUGUGGACGUCUGGCGCAUCCGUCCCCGGAUUGAAAACUUAUUUCUGGGUCUCCAAACUGAGUCUGUUCUUUUACAGCAACUGGUUUUACGGCGAGCCCAGACCCACCAGCUUGUCGGAAUGCGUCCGCAUUGCACCAGUGCCGGAAGGCCCGUGGGCUUCCACUCCGUGCGAGCAAUGGCUGCCGUUCGUUUGCCAAGACUGA